CCCCCGACUACAUAUCCCAGAAUGCACUGCUCCAGGCGCUGAGGGAAAGCUUGGCGAGCCCCGGCCUUCUCGAUUGCUGGGAGUUGUAGUCUCCGAAGGGCUUGGGCGGCGAAGUGGAGGCAGCCGCGUCGGGAAGUGGAGCUCGCGAGGGGCGACAAGUGUCAUGGACAAGCUGAAGCGGGUUCUCAACGGGAAGGACGCCGAGGAGCCGGGGCCACUGGCGGAGGUGAUUGAUGCAUCUUCCUUAAGCUGGAGUACGAGACUGAAAGGCUUUAUAGCUUGUUUUGCUAUUGGCGUUCUGUGUUCCAUUCUGGGUACUUGUCUGCUAUGGGUUCCCAGGAAAGGGCUAAUCUUGUUUGCAGUAUUUUACACACUGGGGAAUAUCGCGUCUCUUGGAAGCACUGUCUUUCUUAUGGGACCGAUGAAUCAGUUGAAAAGAAUGUUUGAACCCACUCGUUUGAUAGCUACAGCUGUUAUGCUUUUAUGCCUCAUAUUAACUCUUUGUGCAGCUUUUUGGUGGCACAAUAAGGGACUUGCCCUCAUCUUCUGCAUUUUGCAGUUCUUCGCCUUAGCAUGGUACAGCAUUUCCUUCAUACCAUAUGCAAGGGAUGCUGUGAAGAAGUGUGUCACCGUGUGUAUCACAUAACAGAGACAAAAACUUGGUAAGUAUUGG